AUGACGGCUGAGAUCAGUGAGAAGGCAUUUCCUCUUGCCGGGGACCGCUUGACGCAGACUAUCCUGGACCUAGUGCAAGAGGCCAGCAACGCGAAGAUGAUCAAGAAAGGGGCCAAUGAGGCCACCAAGGCUCUUAACCGAGGCAUUGCGGACCUGAUUGUGCUGGCGGGUGACACGAACCCCAUCGAAAUUCUUCUGCACCUUCCUUUGCUCUGUGAGGACAAGAACGUGCCGUACGUUUUUGUUCCUUCCAAGACGGCGUUAGGCCGGGCGGCUCAGGUCUCACGCAACGCGGUGGCCUUGGCGAUCCUGCAGUCAGAGAACAGCCCCAUCUCCGCCAAGGUUCAGGCAGUCAAGCUAGAGAUCGAGCGUCUUUUGUAA